GGUAGGGAUAGGGUUAGGCGUUGGACCAGGUUUAGGGAUAGACCUCUUUUUUUAUUGUAUUUGUUGGGGUGGUCACUCGUUACGGAAGUCCUUCCAGCCACAAGGAACAAUUAAAGUAACAGGAAUAUUUGAUAUGUUCGCAGUGCUCUACACCCGGAGAUAUUGUUCUGGUGGAUAACAUGUAAACAUCAACACUGUCAACGGGGAGUUCCAUUUCAGGAAGGUUUUGUGCUUGUCUUGGAGUUGAUCGCUCAUUGAUUGGUGCAGCAUUUGUCCAGGUCAAUACAGAGAUGAAGAGCAAAGGUUCAGGUGCUCUUCAACUGUGGCUCGCCUUGUGGGCCUUAACCUGCUGCCAUGUAGCGUACGAUAUCGUCACAUACAGGCGUCAAACACGUCCCACAGCGCCGGAACAAAGAGCAGUUAGACCAACAGACAAAUGGAUCGUCGUGGACAGCACCCGACUAGAUUGUGUCACGGUCAACUGGGAGCCUCUAAGCCAAGAUUCGAACCCCUGGAAUGUUGUCGUACUGGUGCGCCAGGACCACACUGCUUUUGGAUGCCAUCCUCCUGUGUGUAUAGAAAUGUCUCGAGAAUUCCAGACGUCUAACCCUAGACACUUGUCAUUGCUAUGGGCUUUUCAAUCUAAAGAAAUAAAACAUCUAUUUGCCUAUGCCUGGGUAAUAGCUCGAGGUGCAACCUCUAUUCUUGACGUGGAUUGUACUCUCUUUUAUAAUUCAAACGUUAAUACAAUUGUAUCAAACAUGCUUAAUUUGGAGUCGAAUAACCCACAUUUAUUGUAUAAAAGCAGUCCUGUGUUUGAUCCCUUUUACCAUUUUGGCUACAAAUCAAAUGACAAACUUAGACAACAGUUCAAUUUCUCAGCAGAACUAUUGAGAAAUCAAUCAAUUUACCAUUUGGAAACUCCACAAAGAUUGUAUAUAAAGCACGGAUUUUCAGCUUCUUGUAAUCAGAGUGUUGAAGGAACUGUUCAGAAGGCUCGUGGUUACGUGUUUAAUACUCCUGUCUCCUUGGGGGAUGGGGUUUUCUUUCACUUCAGUCAUGGCCCGACCUUAUUUCACAAACCUGCUUUCUGGUUUCUGUUCCGGCCUCCAGGCAUGGAUUCACAACAGACUGCAUUAUUCCGGAGCUUAUGGCUUUUUAGUAUGAGACGAGAAUUCCACAUGGAGAUGUCUGUGCACGACUUUAAUGAGGAUAGUUUAGAUAAAACCCGUUCUCCUUCUUACCUCCAGACAUAUCAAGAAGUCAAUUUGAAAUAUGUUGUGAAAUGUGUCGAGCACACUCGCUGCCCAAAAGAGUUCCAGUUGCACGCAUGUGUGUUGAGACAACUGCAGAACACACUUCGCUGCCUGAGUGGACUUGUCACUGGAAACUACCCAGUGGAGGAGUAUAACAUGUCUUACUUUCUGACGUGGAUUGAAAAUCUAGCUAGUCUUGGAGUGAACCUUACCGAAGAUAUUACUGACCACUCAAGUAGACACUCCAGCUCCACACCACUUACGUUUUCUUUACUGAACCAAAACACGAGUUCAUUUACUCAGAGUCAACAAGAGAAAAUAAACAAACACGUCUUCCAGCGCAUGAUUUCAAUUUGUUCAAAUUAUUCGAAGAAAGACAGCAUUCCCCAUUCCGUGUUAGACUGGAGAAACCCACGUAUUGAUGACAUCAUGCUCAUUGUGGUACUUAACUACGAGACGGUUUUUGGUGCGGUGCUGCACACGGAGUAUAUUCACCGUCCUGUCUUCAAGUACAUCGUCUAUUGUGGCCCGGCAUUACAACACUUUGUCCAGUUUGCAGACGACUUAGGCUUGACGUAUCUAACGUACAUAGAAGGUCUCCCAAAGAGCUGGCAUUACAUGUAUGAGUGUUUGGCUCAUGCCAUGAAGCUCGGUGCUCCUGUCAGAGGGUAUCUGCACAUAGGUGAUGACGUUCUUCUCAAUGCAUGGAACAUACAACACCUUCAUAGAGAUCGUGUGUGGAUACCUGGGGGGUUUAUGAAGUUAGAUAUUUAUGAAACCGUAGAAUUCAGAGAGUGGGUGCACUGGGCAAAACCGUACGGCCGGCCAGCGUUAUUGAAUGUUUUUGAACAUUUAAAGAACGCCUCUGAAGAGAAUAGCACUUCGACGGAUACAAAUCCGAAAACUCAAUAUUUCAGACAAUUUGCGUUGAGGUUUCUCGAAAACUACAAGCAAAACAUUGGUCUCGAGUAUGUGUUGAAGAGAGCUAUAGAUUUUCUUUAUAUUCCAAGCCGUUUGAUGGAGGACUAUUCAAUAGCUUCUGAUCUGUUCAGAAGUUACGGUUGCUUCAUAGAGUUAGCAGUGCCAGCAAUACACUUAGGCAUAGCUUUGAAGAAAGACGUCAUCUACGUGGAAGCACAGAGCGUGUGGGGUGAGAACAGACUCACUCCCUGGAAGUUUUAUUCUGCAAAGGGUCAAGUUUUUCUUCACCCUUUCAAGGCGAUGAGUGACAUAAACAGGCCAGAAACUCGCACAUUUUUCUGUAAUACUUUUAUGGAUGAUUAUUUAAGAUUCUUAAGCCCCAGCAGCUUUUAGAUACGUUUUCUAUUCGUUCACAAUUUCCUUCAGUAAUGUUAGUAUGUUUAUUUUUUGUUUUUUAUUCAAUUAAGCUAAUUUACUUUUGGUAUUUGGCCAUUUUGUUUUCUAAGGCGUUAUGAUAUGUUGAGUGUUAUUGCAUGCACAUCGAUUUGAAGUGUAAGAAUUGAGUAUG